AUGAACGUUUUUUCACGGGAAAGUAGGUUCGAACACAACUGUUUUUCGAAGCGGCACCGCGAUCGCGAAGUCCACAACGCCCCCGCUCGCUCGCCGGACGCCACCCCCGGCGGCGACUCUCUCGAGGAACAGAGGAAGGGAAGCGCGCGCGCGAUGGACGAAGACUGCGCGGACUUCACGAUCACGAACGAGGAUCCCGUGGACGAGGAGACGGCCAAGUUCGACGCCAUCGUCGGCGCGCUCGAGGAGCUGCUCGCGUCCGAGGCGUUCGCCGCGGCGCAGUCCGCGUUCCUGCGACGACACUGCGACGUCUUCGAGGACACGGAGGAGAACAAGCUCGAGUACACGACGCUGUUCGACGAGUACACGAGCGCGCUGGAGGACGCGAUGGAGACGAGCCUGGGCGCCGCCGUGGAGGGCUUCGACAUGGCGGAGUUCGCGGAGAUGCUCGCGAAGAGAGAGGGCACGGGCGAGCUCGACGGCGACGCGUUCGAUCUGCUCAUGACGUUGUCCUCCUUCGACGCGUUCAAGGAGCUGAUGCUGGCGUACAAGGCGGAGAAGCACGGCGUCGGCGUGUUCGCGGAGGGCGAGGGCGAGGGCGGCGGCGGGCUCGGAGGGUUGGGCGUCGAAGGCGUCGGCGGCGGCGCGUUCGCCGUCGGCGGCGGCGGGCUGAACAUCGGAUCCGUCGCGGACGGCGCGGAGGGGGCGUCGUUCUCCGUCGGCGUGAGCGUGUCCCCGGCGAAGGAGCGCGAGGAGGAGAUGCUGGACGGGGACGAGCGGCCGGAUUUGGACGACGGGCUCGUCAUCACGCGAGGGCCGGGCGGCGAGGAGGGACCGUGACGACGACAACAAGCGCGUUUUGAUCUUACAUUCGAUCGAUUACGAUUCGC